UCCUCCCACCCUGUCAUUGUGUGAUAAAGUUCAAAAUCUGUGCGCUCACCUGGAGAGCUCCUCUUUAUCUCGUGCUGUCAAACACUCGCACAGGUAGUACGGAGGUCUGUACGCACACUCACCUGGCUGCUGAAGCCAUGUCAGACAAACGGAGAACACUCACUCAGAACCCUCUGGAGAAAACCUGGGUGCCAUGGAUGAAAAGCAGGAUGAGCCAACGCAGAGGCUCGUCAGUGCCCCAGUUCACCAACUCCCCGACCAUGAUAGUGAUGGUUGGACUUCCGGCACGAGGGAAAACCUACAUCUCUAAAAAGCUCACCAGAUACCUGAACUGGAUCGGCGUCACAACCAAAGUGUUCAACGUGGGGCAGUACCGGAGAGAUGCCACACGUUCCUACAACAGCUACGAGUUCUUCAGACCCGACAAUGAGGAGGCCAUGAAGAUACGGAAGGCCUGUGCCAUUGCUGCCCUGAAGGAUGUGUGUGAUUACUUCACCAGAGACCAGGGGCAGGUUGUGGUUUUUGAUGCCACCAACACCACCCCAGAGCGGAGAGAGGUCAUCCUCGGCUUUGCCAAAGAGAACGGUUACAAGGUUUUCUUUGUGGAGUCAAUAUGUGACGAUCCAGAGAUCAUCGCUGAGAAUAUUAAACAAGUGAAGCUGAGCAGUCCAGACUACAUAGACUGCGACAAAGAGGAGGCUGUGGCUGACUUCCUGAAGAGGAUCGAAUGUUACAAGUUGACCUACGUCCCACUGGAUGACAACAAGGACAGGAACUUGUCUUACAUCAAGAUUUUCAACGUGGGCAGCAGAUACCUGGUGAACCGGGUCCAGGACCACAUUCAGAGCAGGAUCGUCUACUACCUCAUGAACAUCCACGUCACCCCGAGAUCCAUCUACCUGUGUCGCCAUGGAGAGAGCGAACUAAACCUUGUCGGUCGCAUCGGGGGAGACUCUGGGCUGUCAACUCGCGGGGCAAAGUUUGCCAGUGCUCUGGGUACGUAUAUGCGUGGGCAGUGCAUCAGUGACCUGAAGGUGUGGACGAGCCACAUGAAGAGGACCAUCCAGACUGCAGAGGCUCUGGGAGUCCAGUAUGAACAGUGGAAGGCUCUCAAUGAGAUAGAUGCUGGGGUUUGUGAAGAGAUGACGUACGAGGAGAUUCAGGAGAAUUACCCAGAGGAGUUUGCACUGAGGGACCAAGACAAGUAUCGCUACCGCUACCCUAAAGGAGAGUCGUACGAGGACCUCGUCCAGCGUCUGGAGCCGGUCAUCAUGGAGCUGGAGAGGCAGGAGAACGUUUUAGUCAUCUGUCACCAGGCUGUCAUGAGAUGUCUGCUGGCUUACUUCCUGGACAAGAGCGCUGUUGAGCUUCCCUACCUGAAGUGUCCUCUCCACACGGUUCUGAAACUCACGCCAGUCGCCUACGGUUGUAAAGUGGAGUCCGUCUUCCUCAACAUUGAAGCUGUCAACACGCACAGAGACAAGCCAGUGAACGUGGACGUGGACAGAGACCCAGCGGAGGCGUUGGAGACGGUCCCGGACCACAUCUAGAGGAGGAAACAAAACAGGGAGCUGGUUUCGUUUCCAUCUACCCUGAUGGAAAGUGGCCUUUAUUUUUAAUUUAAGUAAUCAUAGUGAUUGUUGUGAGGUGAAAAAAAAACUCCUCCGCAAUGAAAGUGUAAGACAUUUCUCCUAUGGCAGCCUCUUUCCAUUGUAAAUGCACUUUAUAAUGCAGGGCUCAGGCCAAAAGUCAGAGAGAUGAAGAGGAGGUUUCUUUUACUGUGAAAAAUGAGCUAGUACUGCUGAACACUGGCCAGAGGACCAGUAUCACUGUUUGGAUAUUCUUGAACUCAUUUGUCUCUUGUUCCCCUCUCUUCGUCCCAUCACUCAUGUACGGCCCCUCCCCGCAUUAACCACUGUAAAAUCAGUCACCUCAGCUUGAACUAGUCUUCUCUGCAUUCACAGGAGGGUGAAGUGUUUGAGUAUCCAAAUGACCCUGGUGAUCGGUUCUGGGCUGGAUCUGUACAAACCACAGAGAGUAAAACUAGAGGGGACAUUUGGCGCUUUAACUGCCCGACACCACGAUGUGCCUCACCUGACUAAAGAUAUACAUGAUUACUCUAUGCACCCUGUAUACACAGACACACACUCGAGGUGCAGUGUGUGUGCUGUUGUGUGCUUUUAUUGGUCGUUUUAAUAAGAAACACGACGGGAUCUGGUGCAAUACUAAUAACUGGUGCAGCGUGUCUGUUUUUUUAAAUAUGAGAAUAUUUCAGAGCUGUUAAAUGAACUACAUUUGACCGUGUUCAUGGUCUGGAGCCUGGCUCUCUUUGGGUUUCUCUGAACCUAACAUCAGUGAUCCUGGAUAGCUGGUAUCAUGAAGCAGGGUGUGAUUCUAACUCUGGUCCACCUCAGAGAGAGGCAGCGUCACAUUCAACAUCAUCAGACACCUGCACAGAAAUCUGGUUUUAGAGUAAGAAAAAGACGUGUUCGGUCAAAAUAUAUCCACAUUAUAAUCACAUGGAGUAAGCAGCUGUAGAAACAGUAGGAAUAAUAUCCACAUGAUGAAAAUAAUGGUAUAAAUACGUGUAGUAAUUAUUAUAUGGACCUUUUUAAAUACAGUUUGUCAUGUAUAAAGUCCCAAAGUGUUCAAUAUUAGAUUAUUACAGUCAUAUAAAUAACAUAAAAAUACAGCGUCCAAAUUAAAGUUUAAGAUACUUUAACAGAAAAAAUACAUGUGAAAAAAUAAAAUGUGAAUAUUUACAUAUGAAGAAAUGAUUAAAUACAACCUGUUGUAAUAUGUUUGUUUCUAUGUCACUGACCCAUAACUACUUGUUUUUUUUUAAUAUUCAUUUUGAACAAUUGAUGAAUAUGACUAUUAUCUGCUGUUUAAUACUGAACACUUUGGGGUUCCAUAUGACAGAGACAUUUUGGUGCUAUAAUGAAUAUAAAUGAACAUUAGGAAUACUAAAAUAACUCUAAGGCUGUACCUGCUGCCAAACAACUGUUAAAGAACAGUAAUAAUUUACAGACCUAAUUUAAAACAGUGUCGGGGUUAACAUGGUGAUCUGUGCCUCAGCUUCAUGACACUAGUAAACCUGAGUUAAUCCCAAAGUUAGCUGGAUAAUCCACUAAUCUCGCUUUAUGCCACAGCCCUCUGGUGACGCGCCUCUGAAAAGCAUUACAUUUUACAGAUUGUUUCUCCUGGGGGGCAAUAGAAAAGAUAAUUUCCUCAGGGGAUCCUUACUUUAAAAAAUAAGAAAACAAAGGGAUCUCAGCACACGACAGUGUAAAUAAAUGCAUGUACUUCUCUCCACACAAUGUGACGAGUCAGAAACGUAGAAUUUAAAAUAGACUCACCCCUUUAAAACACAUGCUCAGUGAGUAGUUACUGUGAGUGGUAGCAAAUCCCGUGUCAAAGCAGUGAAUCUGUGCUUUUUGUUCGGUCAGAUCAGAGUGUAUCUGAGGUUUUCUCCGUCUGUGUAAAACGUGCAAUGUGCCUGUGUCCUGAGCUCUGUGACAUGUAGCAGUACUUCGACAGCAGCGAGAGAAACGAAUGAAAAGACGUCAAUCAAUGCAAAUCAUCAAUGUUGAAUCUGUUAUAAAAAGAUUUUUAUUUUCUAAACAAAUAACUGUUGCUCCAGGCAAUAAAAUGAAAACUGAUACCUGA